AGAUCACAGAGGUUAUCUCUGAUCUGUGGAAAGACACAAGUUUUUACAUAACCCCGAUAUUACAGCUGUUUGACGUUUAGUGUGCCAAGUGCCGUCGACCAAUGAAAAGCCGGGACCAGAUCAGGUUAUAAAAAUGAAAAUAACUUCGGACUGUGGGGUUUCGUCUUGAUUUUCAUUAUUUCUGUAAUAAUAAAACAUCUUUCUAAUAAGCUGCCGACAACAAAUACCUUCAUUAAUUCAACUUAAUAUAUAAUUGAUAUAAUGUCUUAUUUUGUCGGGUGGAAAUAUGGAGUCCUAGUUGGAGGAUUCGUAGGUACCAUUUUAUUGGCUACAUAUCCCAUUAUAAUCAGUCCAAUGAUCAAUCCUGACAAAUGGAAACGGAUUCAAGAGGACACGAGAAAGAAUAUUAAGCAAGAAGAUAUACAGCCAGGAAACAUGAAAGUGUGGACAGACCCCUUUGAUAGAAAGAAAAGUACAGAUGAGGCUAAGUAGUGUAUUUUGUAUAUAGUUAACCGUAAUUUGUACAUAUGUUUUAUGGUAGUGUAUAUGUAGUAAUAAACAUGUUGACUAAUUA